GCGAACUUCACUCUGGUGUUAAUAGUGAUGUAAACAUGGCGGACCCGUUGAGUUUACUUCGUCAAUAUAACGUAAACAAAAAGGAAAUUAUCGAAAGGGAUGGACAAAUUAUAUUCGGAGAGUUUUCCUGGCCGAAAAAUGUUAAAACGAACUACCUUAUGUGGGGGUCUGGUAAAGAUGGGACAGCUAAAGAAUAUUAUACAUUGGAAUGUUUACUAUUUAUAUUAAAAAAUGUCUCCCUUACCCAUCCUGUGUAUGUAAGACAAGCAGCUGCUGAAAAUAUCCCAGUGGUGCGACGUCCUGACAGAAAAGAGUUAUUAGCAUAUCUCAAUGGAGAAACUGCAAGUUGUCCAGCUAUUGAUAAAAGUGCCCCAUUAGAGCUUCCCACACAGGUUAAAAGAUCAGCAGAAUAUGAUGGCUCAGAAGUCAUUGCCAAGAAGCCGAGAUUUGAAGACACUCAUGUCCAAAAAGUCAGAGAAAAACUCGCUGCUAGACUGGAUGCCCCAAAAGAAGCCUCCGUGACCGUGGACAAUAUAAAGUCCCUUUCUGAGGCCAUGUCGGUUGAAAAAAUCGCCGCUAUUAAAGCAAAACGUUUGGCCAAGAAAAGAAACACCAUUAAAGGAAUAGAUGAUAUUGGACAAGAAUAUGAUAUAAGGGCAAUCAUUGACUUAGAUGUGGAUAUUACUAAAGAUAUCAUUAGUAGAGAGCGACAGUGGCGUACAAGGACAACCAUUUUACAGAGCACAGGAAAGAAUUUUGCCAAAAAUAUAUUGGCAAUGUUAACUAGCAUUAAAGCUAGAGAAGAAGGUAGACAAAGGCCUCAACCAGCUCAACCCCCAAUAACAACACCUCGUCCGGCGAUCCAACGUCCGAUACCGGCCCAACAGUCGGUUUACAAUCGUUACGAUCAGGAACGUUUUAACAGACAAAAAGAGGAAACCGAAGGCUUCAAAAUUGACACCAUGGGCACGUACCACGGUAUGACGUUGAAGUCUGUAACGGAAGGUCAGGCCAAGGCUAAACCCAAUAUGACCCCACAACAUCCCACUCAGACGCCGUUGCCGGUGAGCCAAGCGAGACCUCCGUCCGGUGGUAUGCAGAAAAAAGUGUCUAGGACUCCCAUUAUUAUUAUACCAGCUGGUACAAAUUGCUUAAUCUCAAUGUACAACGUAAAGGAUAUCUUACAAGAUAUGAAAUUCGUGACGCAAGAACAGAAAAAAGCCUUGGGCGGUAAAAGAGACAACGAAGUACUAAUCCAACGUCAAAAGGGAAAUCAGACGGUACCGUAUAGAGUUGUGGACAAUCCUGCCAAGCUCAGCCCCAGCGACUGGGACAGGGUCGUGGCCGUUUUCGUAAUGGGACCCGCAUGGCAAUUUAAAGGAUACCCGUGGGAAUCGCCUGUGGAAAUCUUCGAUAAAAUCUCUGCCUUCCAUAUCAAGUAUGACGAAAUGAAGUUAGAUCCGAACGUGGAAAAGUGGAAUGUAACCGUUAUCCAGUUGUCGAGGACAAAAAGGCAUUUAGAUAGGGCUCAUUUAAUGGUAUUUUGGGAAAAAUUAGAUCGGCAUAUUCUCCAACAUAAACCUCAUCUUCGGUUCUAAAAUGGACUUUACAGGAAUGACUAUAGAAGAUAAGAGCUAUCAGACAUUAAUGUUAUGAAUCAAUAAAUUUUAUUAUGAUAUACAAAAAGUACUAAGUGGUACUUUGUCUUAGACUGUAAAUAUAGUGAUUUUUAGGAAAAUGAGUAAAGAUUUAACAUUU